AUGGCGGUUGCCAAGGGCGUGGCCUGGUUGCUAGGGGGGAGUGCAACUUCCGGAGCACUGACCGGCACUUCCGUUUCCUUGGAAGACUGCCGACCCAUAGAGUUCAACUUCCGGAGGACUGAGGGGCCCGUGACGCUCUCGGGGGAGGGAAGAGAGGACGUGGCAGUGACGUCAGCGCGGCCGGUGGAUCCCGGCAGCGGCGCCCGGCCCGACCCGAAUCCCGCCCUCUUCGAUGACAAAGCGGUGGAGAUCGAGGAGCUGACCUACAUCAUCAAGCAGGAUAUCAACAGCCUGAACAAGCAGAUCGCGCAGCUGCAGGAGGUGGUGCGGGCCAGGGGGGGCCAGAGUGGACGGCACGUCCAGACCCACUCCAACACCGUCGUGGUGUCACUGCAGUCCAAACUGGCCUCCAUGUCCAAUGACUUCAAGUCAGUGCUGGAGGUGCGGACAGAGAACCUGAAGCAGCAGCGGAGCCGCCGCGAGCAUUUCUCCCGUGCCCCCGUCUCUGCUUUACCCCUCGCUGCCAGCAACCUGGGCAGCUCCGCGGUGCUGCAGGAUGAGCCGCAGCGCGCCGGCGCGGUGGCCAUCGAGAUGGACGCACGGACGAGCCAACAGCUACAGCUGAUCGACGAGCAGGAUUCCUAUAUCCAGAGCCGGGCAGACACGAUGCAGAACAUCGAAUCCACCAUCGUGGAGCUGGGCUCCAUCUUCCAGCAGCUGGCACACAUGGUGAAGGAGCAGGAGGAGACGAUCCAGAGGAUUGACGCCAGCGUGGAGGAUGCACAGUUGAAUGUGGAAGCGGCCCACGGGGAGAUCCUCAAGUAUUUCCAGUCGGUCACCUCCAACCGUUGGCUGAUGGUCAAGAUCUUCCUUAUUCUCAUCGUCUUCUUCAUCGUCUUCGUCGUUUUCCUGGCCUGAGCCAGGCCUGACCCCCUCCCUGUCCCACCGGCCGGGACAGACAGACUCAGUCCGUGCUCUGCGGGGCUCGGAGACGGACAUCUGCAUGGGGACAGGGCAGGGUCCUGCCUGGGACCCCUUUGUGUCCCCCCCACAACAAGGGCUGGG